AUUUAAUAAAUUGAUGAAAUUGGGAAACAUUGGUUAAUGUAUGUACAAUGAAUCCUGCAAAACAUUGCCAAUUAGACAACGCACACAAACAAAACACCACUCUCUCUCUUCCCAUCCUUCGUCUUCCUCCACAUUUCUUUCUCUCUCUCUCUCUUCUCCCAAGAAAUAACACAAUUUCCCAGAUUCAAAGUUCUCUUUUUUUUUUCAACGUCUAAAGAAUCUAAGCAGCCAUCUCUCUUAUUCUUCUCUUUUUUUUUGUAGUAUAUACAAAAAUGAAUAAGUUGCUUUGCUCUUUUUCUUCUUCUUAUUGAAGAGAGUUUACACUAAUAAAACUUCAGAGAAAAAGCAAAAGAAGAAAAACAAUCAAUCUUAACUUUCUCUUUUUUGUAUUAUCUCUUUCACUCACUUUUAAGUCUCUUCAGAGAUUCAAAAAAUCAAAAUUCUUCCAGAAACUGCUCAAGUUUCUACUCUUUUAAAGAUGAUAUAAACACACUUCUCAUUAAAAAAAAUACCAACCAAAUCCAAUUUCAACUCUCUUUCUCAUUCUUUUCUUUAAUUUCCGGCAAGUCUUGAUACAGUUUUGUUUCGGAUUUGAUACUAUAAAGCAAAAAAAAUUAUUAUAUGGAUCGGAAGAGAGGGUGCAAGAUCAGGAAGAGAGGUGGUUCUUCCUCCUCUUCUUCUUCUCUUGCUCGUCGAAACCGCUUUAAACGCGCAAUUUUCGCUGGGAAAAGAGCCUCCCAAGAUGACGGCGGCUCAGGAACUCCGGUUAAGUCCAUCUCCGCAGCUAAAACUCCCGUACUCUUAUCGUUUUCGCCGGAAAAACUUCCUGAAGGCCAGUUCCAGAAACGCUGCGUGUCGGCGAGAAAGCUUGCGGCGACGUUGUGGGAGAUCAGCGACGGCACAGACCCUCCGGUUAAUUCGGAUAGUGAUUGCUUGAGAAGCAAGAAACCGUCGAGACGCAGAUCGAAGAAAUCAACAGAGAUCUCUUCCAUUGACUUCCCGCCAAAAUCAUCCGAUCCGAUUUCCCGUCUGGGAUCAGAGAGAAUCGUUCUCCGCGAAGAUAUAGUUCGUAAAAGAUCAACAAAUCCUCUGAAACUACAACUAAUUGAAUACAAAACCAUUGGCACAAACUCGGUGAAAACUCGUUUCAAGAAUGUCAGCGAGGGUUUAACGACGUCUAAAGAACUCGUGAAGGUUUUGAAACGGAUCGGUGAGCUAGGAGAUGAUCACAAGAAAGCAAGCAAUCGUUUGAUCUCUGCGCUGAUAUGCGAAUUGGACAGAGCGAGAUCUUCUCUAAAGCAUCUGAUGAGCGAAUUAGAUGCGGAGGAGGAGGAUAAGCGGAGGUUGAUGGAAAAGCUUCAAGAAGAGGCUGUGGUCGAGAGAAAGCUCCGGCAGCGAACGGAGAAGAUGAACAGAAGAUUAGGGAGAGAGCUCGCGGAGGCUAAGGAAACGGAGACGAAGAUGAAGGAGGAAAUGCAGAGAGAGAAGAGAGCCAAGGAUGUUCUUGAGGAGGUUUGUGAUGAGCUAGCGAGAGGAAUCGGAGAUGAUAAGAAAGAGAUGGAGAAAGAGAGAGAGAUGAUGCAUAUUGCUGAUGUUUUGAGGGAAGAGAGGGUUCAGAUGAAGCUAACGGAGGCGAAAUACGAGUUCGAGGAGAAACACGCCGCCGUGGAGCGGCUGAAGAAGGAGUUCCGGCGGGUUUUGGAUGGCCAGGAGGGAAAAGGGUCGUCGGAGAUUCGCAGGAUUUUGGAGAUAAUCGACGGUUCUGAUGAUGAGGAUGAGGAGGAGAGUGAUCUUAAGUCGAUUGAGUUGAAUAUGGAGUGUGGGAGUAAAUGGGGUUAUGUUGAAAGCCGGAGAGAUCUUCCGAAUGAGUCUAGACUUGUUGGCUCCGGCAAUGAUGAUGAUGAUGAUCCUGUCGAGAAGAGAUCAGUGGUUGUUGACAAUGGGGAGAGAGAUGAAUCGUUAAAGAUUUUAAGAGAUUACAUUGUUUCGAAUGUGAGAUUCAUCGGUUCUUCUUCCUCGGAGCAGUUGAAACAUCGGCACUUACCUAGCUCGGAGUUUGUGUAGUCACCGGAGCUAGCGCCGCCGUUGAAAAAAAAAAAACCAUGCAACGUAUAUAUAUUUCUUUAUUUGUAAUUUAUGAUUCGAAUUAAUUUUUUGAAUUUGUUUCGGAAAACAAAACCAGUUCACCGGAAUGCUACAUUUUACUCUUUGACACACACGAAUACUACUGUAUGGGUUUAACAACGAGUACAACUAUAAACCAUUAUACUACAU